GCUGUUGAACUAAAACAGACCCCGGCCGAAGCAUUUGCUCAUCUUCGACGCUUGCUUGAACAGGUAAACAGUUGUAUUAGUCAGAUUAUUUCGGGUGUUUUACUGGAACAGGAGGACUGGCAUAGUAGUGUUGAACGAGCCGAGAAAGAUCUGUAUUUUUUGCCGGAAAAUGAGAAUGUGAUUUUUGCUUCAGCUUUACACGGUUAUGGAUUUUGUCUAUCCGAUUUCGCUAAAAUGUGGUCCAAAAAAAUCAAUAUCUCGGAGGCUGAUAUCCUGUCCAGGCUUUUCACAGAUUCAUAUUUUUCAAAAGGAACAAUCAGGGAAGAUGCCGAACGUAAUGGAAAAAAAGCGCUUUUUGAGCAAUUCAUUUUACAACCUCUUUGGGAUGUCCAUUCUUGUGGUUUGCUAAACGACGAUUUGGAAAAGUUAAAAGCUUUUGCGGAUAAAAUGAAUAUCAAAAUUCGAAGUAAACGAGCUGCCGAAGGAUUUGAUGAGUUCAUGCGUGGCUGGUUGCCACUGGCAUCGGCAUGUUUUCGGGCUGCAACUCAAGCCUCCCCUUCGUGCCGUUCGUUUACACGUCCCGGACGUCUUGCAUCGCUGUCCCUUCACGAAACUCAUCCGCUCAACGAAGCAGUGAAAGCAUGUGAUAGCACAGGCAUCACAGUCCUGUUCAUCGCAAAAAUCCUCCAUUACGGGGACUCCGUGCUGGCAAUGUGUCGCAUUCUGUCGGGAAGCAUCCACAAGGACGAUGAACUGUUUUUGAUCGAAAAUAAGCCAAAAAAUGAUGAUUCUGAAGAAAAGCAAAAAAUCAGCAUUUCCAACGUUUAUUUGUUGAUGGGACGUGAAAAAGUGCCCGUGGAGCGAGCUGUUGCCGGGACAGUUUGUGCUAUCGAAUUUUCGGGUCAGCUACUUGCAACAACACUCUGUAGUGAGCCAGUUCCAGUGGGACUUGUUCAUGUUACACGUGGAGCCGAACCACUGGUACGUGUAUCCGUACAACCGGAAGGUGGCAUGGACGAACUGAAAAGUUUACGAAUUGCUCUGAAGCAACUGAGUGUUCUGGAUUCGAAUAUACGUGUGAUUGAGCAGGAAAACGGAGAAUUAGCAAUGUUUGCAGCAGGUGAAGUUCAUUUGCAAAAAUGUCUCACUGAUUUAUACGAUAUGGGCCAUGAUAAUGUGAAAGUUUCACAACCGUCAGUACCAUUCUUUGAAACGAUCAUCUCCGUACCGGGUACUUCGAGUAGUUCCAUUCAACCGGUGGAUUGCAAUAUCCGCAGUGGUAUAGCCAAAAUAAAACUACGUGCUGCGCCCCUGCCUCGUCAGCUGGUCGAGCAUUUGGAAAAAAACGAAGAAGCACUACGAGAUCUAAGGCAAGGCAGAUUCACGAAGGCUGUAGAGAAUCUGCACCAAACACUGGUGCAAGAAGGAAUAAAUUGGCUCAAAGAUUACAAGGGAAGCAUUUGGUCAAAACAACGAGUUGAACAACUGAGGAAUUUUAUUGACAGGAUAUGGGCUUUUGGACCACCGCGAGCCCGAUUCAAUAUAUUGUUUAAUGCUGUUGCUGAUUAUGAAAGACCAUCCAUAUGGAAAAAGCAAACCACCAAAUUACGGUAUUUUGACCAGUCCAUGAUAGCCGGUUUUGAUUUGGCGAUGAGUGCUGGUCCA